AUCUUGCAUGUGGACCGUCUAGUACCGCCGGACGGAGUCGCACCAGGGUUCGUGCCACUGCAGGGGGAACAAAACUGGCAAAAAUGGAUUUCUAACAACGUUUCUCUUUUAUGUCCUUUACCCAACCGACGUCAUCCUCAAUGUCUCUCACAAAUUUGAACUAACAAAAUGAGGAUUUCUUGUAAUCAGCUUUUAUUGCUAUUCUCUUGCGUUUGGGGACUCACUAUGGGUGCUUUUCCGAGCAGCGUUCAAAUCGGCGGCCUGUUCAUCAGGAACACAGAUCAGGAGUACACGGCCUUUCGGUUGGCCAUUUUUCUUCACAACACAAGCCCUAAUGCAUCCGAAGCCCCUUUUAACUUGGUACCCCAUGUGGACAACAUUGAGACGGCCAACAGCUUCGCCGUGACCAAUGCCUUCUGUUCCCAGUACUCACGGGGCGUCUUCGCCAUUUUCGGCCUGUACGACAAGAGGUCGGUUCACACGCUAACAUCAUUCUGCGGCGCGCUGCACAUCUCCCUCAUCACACCCAGUUUCCCCACCGAGGGCGAGAGCCAGUUCGUCUUACAGCUGCGGCCCUCCAUACGAGGGGCCCUGCUCAGCCUGCUGGACCACUAUGACUGGAAUCGCUUUGUCUUUCUCUACGACACCGACAGGGGGUAUUCCAUACUGCAGGCCAUCAUGGAAAAGGCAGGCCAGAAUGGUUGGCAGGUCAGCGCCAUAUGUGUGGAGAACUUUAAUGAUGCCAGUUACCGGCAACUUCUGGAAGACCUGGACCGAAGGCAGGAAAAGACGUUUGUCAUAGACCUGGAGGCAGAGAGACUGAACAACAUGCUGGAACAGAUUGUGAGUGUCGGCAAGCAUGUCAAAGGCUACCAUUACAUCAUGGCAAAUUUGGGUUUUAAGGACAUCAAUCUGGAGCGUUUCAUGCAUGGGGGAGCCAAUGUGACAGGCUUUCAGCUGGUGGACUUCAGCAAUCCCAUGGUUAUUAAACUCAUGCAGCGCUGGAACAAGCUGGACCAGCGCGAGUACCCCGGCUCUGACGCACCUCCCAAGUACACUUCAGCUCUGACGUAUGACGGGGUCAUGGUGAUGGCAGAGGCCUUCAGGAACCUCCGCAGGCAGAAGGUGGACAUCUCUCGCAGAGGCAUCGCUGGAGACUGUCUGGCCAACCCCGCUGCCCCCUGGAACCAGGGCAUCGACAUGGAGCGCACGCUCAAACAGGUGCACCUCCAAGGAUUAACAGGAAAUGUCCAAUUUGACCACUACGGCCGCAGAGUCAACUACACUAUGGAUGUUUUUGAAUUAAAAAGUAACGGCCCCAGAAGGAUCGGAUACUGGAACGAUGCUGAUAAACUGGUUCUGACCCAGGAUCACGCCUUGCUUCCCAACGAAACGUCUGGCAUGGAGAAUCGAACCGUAAUUGUGACGACUAUCAUGGAAGGGCCGUAUGUAAUGCUGAAGAAAAACUGGGAAAUGUACGAGGGGAAUGAGCAAUAUGAGGGAUACUGUGUGGAUUUGGCAUCUGAAAUUGCCAAACACAUCGGUUUCAAGUAUAAGAUCUCCAUCGUGCCUGAUGGAAAGUACGGAGCUCGAGACCCAGAGACUAAGAUCUGGAACGGGAUGGUCGGGGAGCUGGUGUACGGGAAAGCGGAAAUCGCUGUGGCCCCAUUGACUAUAACUUUGGUCCGGGAGGAGGUUAUUGACUUCUCGAAACCCUUCAUGAGCUUGGGCAUCUCCAUCAUGAUCAAGAAGCCUCAAAAGUCCAAGCCGGGUGUCUUCUCCUUCCUGGACCCACUGGCCUACGAGAUCUGGAUGUGCAUCGUGUUCGCCUAUAUAGGCGUGAGCGUGGUGCUCUUCCUGGUCAGCCGCUUCAGCCCGUAUGAGUGGCACACCGAGGAGCCCGAAGAGGGCACUGACGGUCUGCCCAGCGACCAGCCCCCCAAUGAGUUCGGGAUCUUCAACAGUCUCUGGUUCUCACUCGGUGCCUUCAUGCAGCAGGGGUGCGACAUCUCGCCCAGGUCUCUAUCUGGCCGUAUCGUGGGUGGAGUGUGGUGGUUCUUCACCCUCAUCAUCAUCUCCUCCUACACUGCAAACCUGGCAGCUUUCCUGACUGUGGAGAGGAUGGUGUCGCCCAUCGAAAGUGCUGAGGAUCUGGCCAAGCAGACAGACAUCGCGUACGGCACUCUUGACUCAGGCUCCACCAAAGAGUUCUUCAGGAGGUCGAAGAUCGCCGUGUAUGAGAAGAUGUGGAGCUACAUGAAGUCAGCAGAGCCCACAGUGUUCACCAAAACCACUGCAGAGGGAGUCGCACGGGUCAGAAAAUCCAAAGGGAAAUACGCCUUCCUCCUGGAGUCCACCAUGAAUGAAUACACAGAGCAGCGCAAACCAUGUGACACCAUGAAAGUCGGAGGAAACCUGGACUCCAAAGGCUACGGGGUGGCGACGCCAAAGGGCUCACAGUUAAGAAGUGCAGUUAACCUGGCAGUUUUAAAACUGAAUGAACAAGGCCUGUUGGACAAAUUGAAAAACAAGUGGUGGUACGACAAAGGAGAGUGUGGCAGCGGAGGAGGUGGUGAGAAGGACAAGAGCUCACAGGCCCUCAGCCUCAGUAAUGUGGCUGGGGUCUUCUACAUUCUGGUCGGGGGCCUGGGCCUGGCCAUGCUGGUGGCCCUCAUCGAGUUCUGCUACAAGUCCCGAAACGAGGCCAAGAGAAUGAAGCUCACCUUCACCGAAGCCAUGCGGAACAAGGCGCGCCUGUCCAUUACGGGGAGCGUGGGUGAGAACGGACGCGUCCUGACUCCUGAUUGCCCAAAGGCUGUUCAUUCCGGCCCCUCGCUGCGGCAGAGCUCCGGACUGGCUCUGGUGUCAUCCGACUUACCGUGAAAACCAAAAACAUUAAAGUGCCUUAAACUCCACAAGACCGCAAAACAGACAUCAGAACACCGACCCUACAGCAAUGACGCCAUCAAGCUGAGCAAUUGUGCUGACAAGGUAGUUUUCGAAAGGAACCAAGACCCCUGGUGGCUUCACACUCUGGGGAGAAGAUAUUACACUGUUAGGACGAUAUGGUUAUCGCGCUGACUUUUGAUUCCAUCAUGUACAUUUAAAGAACUUGUGAUGCCUCUGAGGGUGAAGCGGGUGCCACAAAAACGCAAAUUCAACUGAAUCUUGGUAAAUGUUGGGUGGAAAAAAAGAUC